AUGCUGAAUCAAAAUCCAUUCAGUGAUAGUAAUCAGUAUUUGGGUGCUGGCAACGCCCAUUAUGAUAUAGACUUGAUGAGUGCUUCGCCCAGUUAUAACACCCACCAAUUUUCAAAUCAGAAUUCUAAUAGUAAAACAUCACAAAAUCUAAUUGAUAUGGAAGGUAACCAAAACACUCUGUUCCAAUCCCCUUAUAAUAAUAACAAUAUCUACAAUUCAAGCAAUAAUUUGAGCCUGAAUUCCGGAAACCUACAUCCUAAUGCUCUGCACAACAAUAACAAUAACGGACAGUUUUACGGAAAUAAUGGUGAUACCUAUACAAUGAAUACUUUAAAUACCCAAUAUUCCAAUCCUUUCAAUGAUUCGAAUAGAGUUCAGAAUCAUCACCGUGAUAAUGAAGAUAAUUUUACUCUUUCGUCAAGAGAAGAUGAACAAGGGAACCCAUUUGUGGAAGAUCAUUCAAGGGCAAUGGCUGGAAAAAAAAUUGGCAUAAGUACUUCCGAAAUAAAAGAAGAUACUGGUAAGAAAUUCAAUAUAGGGAAUUUUUUUGCUAGAAUGCUUGGUCAAGGUGAAGUUGACUAUUCUAGCAUGGGCCCAAGAGAAAUUCCGUUAAAUGAGCCAUCAUCGGUAACUUAUAAGAGUAACCAUGUCUCCACCACCAAGUACAACAUCGCGACUUUCUUGCCAAAAUUUCUUUUGCAGGAGUUUUCCAAAUAUGCCAAUUUAUUUUUCCUCUUCACCUCUAUUAUUCAACAAGUCCCAAAUGUAUCACCAACAAAUCGUUAUACCACCAUCGGUACUUUGCUUGUUGUGUUGUUAGUUUCUGCAGUUAAAGAGAUCAUGGAAGAUGUCAAGAGAGCUAAUGCUGACAAAGAGUUGAACUAUUCCCAAGCUGAGAUUUUGGAUCCGUUAUCCGGCACUUUUGUAUCGAAGAAUUGGCUAGCUGUUACAGUUGGGGAUAUUGUUAAAGUAGAAUCUGAGACACCAUUCCCGGCAGAUUUGAUUUUGCUUUCUUCCUCAGAACCAGAAGGUCUAUGCUAUAUUGAAACAGCUAAUUUGGAUGGUGAAACCAAUUUAAAGAUUAAACAAUCGCUAGUCGAGACCGCGAAUAUGAUUAAUCCAAGAGACUUAGCCAGAUUACAUGGUAAAAUUCUUAGUGAACAACCGAACUCAUCAUUGUACACUUAUGAAGGAACAAUCGAAUUAAUAGACAAUGAGAGUGGCCAAACCAAAGAAAUCCCAAUAAAUCCUGAACAGCUAUUACUUCGAGGUGCUACUCUUCGUAACACUCCUUGGAUUUAUGGGAUUGUCGUUUUCACUGGUCAUGAAACCAAAUUGAUGAGAAAUGCCACUGCCACCCCAAUCAAGAGAACCGCAGUUGAGAGAAUUAUUAAUUUACAAAUUUUAGCAUUAUUUGGGAUCUUGAUUGUUUUGUCGUUGAUCUCUUCUGCCGGUAACGUUAUUAAAAAUACUGUGGACUCUGCUCAUUUGUCCUAUUUGUAUUUGGAAGGAACUAGUAACGUGAAAUUAUUUUUCAAGGAUAUUUUGACCUAUUGGAUUCUUUUCUCUAACUUGGUUCCAAUUUCUCUUUUCGUUACCCUUGAAGUUAUCAAGUUCUACCAAGCUAUUAUGAUUGCCUCUGAUUUGGAUAUGUAUUACGAUGUUACUGACACACCAACGAUUGUCAGAACUUCAUCACUUGUGGAAGAGCUAGGUCAAAUUGAUUUCAUUUUCAGUGACAAGACUGGUACUUUGACUCGUAAUAUUAUGGAGUUUAAAUCUUGCUCAAUUGCUGGAAGAUGCUACAUUGAAGAAAUUCCAGAAGAUCAACAGGCAGUGAUUGGUGAUGAUGGUAUUGAAGUUGGUUUCCACACUUUCAAUAAGUUGAAGGAAAAUUUGGUUAAUGGCUCUGCUGAUUCGAAAGUCAUCAACGAAUUUUUGACAUUAUUGUCUGCUUGUCACACAGUCAUUCCGGAAGUAAACGCAAGUACUGGGAAUAUCAAAUAUCAAGCUGCCUCGCCAGAUGAAGGUGCUUUGGUUCAAGGGGCUGCUGAUUUGGGUUACAAGUUUACUACAAGAACCCCGAGGAUCAUUACCAUCGAGUUGACCAAUGCAGGCCAGUCUCAACAGUAUGAAUUAUUGAAUGUUUGUGAAUUCAACUCUACCAGAAAAAGAAUGAGUGCUAUUUUCAGAUGCCCAGAUGGUUUGAUCAGACUCUAUUGUAAAGGUGCUGAUACCGUUAUUCUUGAGAGAUUGUCCCUGGAUCAAAAUCCGUUUGUCGAUGCCACUCUUAGACAUUUAGAAGAAUUUGCUGCUGAUGGGCUUAGAACUCUUUGUAUUGCUUCUAGAAUAAUUCCUGAAGAUGAAUAUGAACAAUGGCAAAAAGUUUAUGCAAAAGCAUCUGUUGCGCUUGAUAACAGAGCUGAUAAAUUAGAUGAAGCCGCUGAAUUGAUUGAAAAAGAUUUGUUCUUGCUUGGAGCCACUGCAAUUGAAGAUAAAUUACAAGAAGGUGUCCCUGAAACCAUUCAUACCUUGCAAGAUGCCGGUAUUAAAGUCUGGGUGCUUACUGGUGAUAGACAAGAAACUGCUAUUAAUAUAGGUAUGUCUUGUAAAUUGCUUUCUGAAGAUAUGAAUUUGCUUAUUGUGAAUGAGGAGACUAAAGAAGACACCAGGUAUAACUUACAGGAAAAAGUUAAUGCUCUUAAGAACCAUCCGGAAAUUUCAGAACAAGAUAUGGACUCAUUGGCUCUUAUUAUUGAUGGCAAGUCCUUGACAUUUGCUCUUGAACCGGAUUUGCAAGACUUGUUAUUGGAAAUUGGUGUUAUAUGUAAAGCUGUCAUCUGUUGCCGUGUCUCGCCAUUACAAAAAGCCCUUGUGGUUAAAAUGGUUAAAACUAAAAGAGAGAACUCAAUUCUUUUAGCUAUUGGUGAUGGUGCUAACGAUGUUUCAAUGAUUCAAGCUGCCCAUGUUGGUGUUGGUAUUAGUGGUAUGGAAGGUAUGCAGGCUGCUAGAUCUGCUGAUUUUGCUAUUGGCCAAUUUAAAUAUUUAAGAAAAUUGUUGCUCGUUCAUGGAUCUUGGUCUUAUCAAAGAAUUUCGCAAGCCAUCUUAUAUUCAUUUUAUAAGAAUAUUGCUUUGUAUAUGACCCAAUUCUGGUAUGUUUUCCAAAAUGGGUUUAGUGGUCUAUCGAUUGUGGAAUCUUGGACAUUGACAUUCUAUAAUGUAAUUUUCACGGUUUUCCCACCAUUUGUUUUAGGGGUGUUUGACCAAUUUAUCAGUGCUAGAUUACUCGAUAGAUACCCACAGUUAUACCAAUUGGGCCAAUCAUCAAGGUUUUUCAACGUUCGCAUUUUCUGGGGUUGGGUUCUUAAUGGAUUUUACCAUUCAGCGAUCAUCUACGUUUGCACAUCCUUCUUCUAUAGAUAUGGCGCUGCUUUGGGAGACGGUCUUCAGGCAGACCAUUGGGUUUGGGGAACUGCUUUAUAUACUGCCACAGUGCUCACAGUUUUAGGCAAAGCUGCUUUAAUUUCCAAUCUUUGGACCAAAUUCACUUUGUUGGCUAUUCCAGGGUCCUUUAUAUUAUGGAUUGGUCUUUUCCCAGCUUAUGCCGUCAUUGCUCCGUUAAUUAACGUUUCCAAAGAAUAUAGAGGUGUUCUAUCUCAUCUUUAUACGUCUGCUACUUUCUGGGCUAGCACCUUCUGUGUUCCUGUUCUUUGCUUGUUGAGAGACCUUUUGUGGAAGUAUUACAAGCGAAUGUAUAAAGCAGAAAGUUAUCACUAUGUCCAAGAAAUCCAGAAGUACAAUAUUCAAGAUUACAGACCAAGAAUGGAACAGUUCCAAAAAGCCAUUAGAAAAGUGAGACAAGUGCAAAGAAUGAGAAAGCAAAGAGGGUUUGCUUUUUCACAAGCCGAGGAAGGUCAAGCUAACUUGGUCAGAAUGUACGAUACUACGAAGCAGAGAGGGAAAUAUGGUGAAAUGGCGGAGGCAUCGUGA